UCGGUUCUAGUCUUUGUCUGCUGUCAGAGAGGCAUGGAAGGAUCAACUAGCAACCAUGGACCCCGAGAAGAAUAAAAAACACUUCUAUGAAAUAGUCAUUUAUCAUUAAUUAUCCGCCAGAUUACACAGAUUGUGUUAGCACAGCCUAGCAUAGCUGCUAACCUUUAGCAUAGCCUGCGUCUUUUUAAGGUAUCGUUUUACAAGUUAACAGUGUUAAUCACCUAGGAGAAAAAAAUGGCAUAAAUACGACGCACGAAGUCUUGCUGAAGUUCUACCUCUAAUUACAUAAUUAAAAUUAAAGGCAAAUACUGACAAACAUGGUUAAAUAUUCACUUUAGCCUAGCUUUAGCAGGCUAAUAGCACCGCGUCUGGUAUAGCUAGCUAAGCUAGCCAGUGUAUUUACCUGAGGCUGAAUCGUUGCAUGAAACUCUGAAUUUAAUCUUAAAGAGGCCGGUAAUAAGUUAUUUUCUGUAGCCGAAUGAAAGAAAACAUCGGUGUGAGUAAAACGUGUCGUUAUUUGUGUCAUCUUUUCAUGAAGUUGAUGAACUUUGUCACAAUGCGUGGACUUUUAACCAGAGUCAUACACAGAGUUUUGCUGAGUCAAACGUUCACAGCAACGAUGGGAGUAGAAGCAGAAAUACACACACAAGGCCGAAGGAAAAUGGUGGUGGGCCUGGGGAACCCGGGCAUGGACGGUACCAGACACAGCGUGGGCAUGGCGGUGCUGGGAGCCCUGGCCACCCGGGUCGGCGUGGGCGAGCGUUGGCGCGGCGACAGGCACGUGUCCGGUGAUGUCAUCGUGUGGGAGGCGGAGCACGGGCAGGUGGUGCUGCUGCGUCCACGUCUGCUGAUGAACGUCAACGGGGCGUCGGUGGCCAGAGCAGUCAGUAAAUACGGCGUCAGGCCUGAAGACGUCCUGCUGGUCCACGAUGAACUGGACAAACCUCUGGGAAAAGUCAGCCUGAAACACGGAGGAAGCGCCAGAGGUCAUAACGGCGUGCGGUCGUGUGUCGACUGUCUGCAGACGGACGUGAUGCCCAGGGUUCGGGUGGGGAUCGGUCGUCCAUCGGGGUCGACGUCGGUGGACCGUCAUGUCCUGGGCCGGUUCUCCUCCGAGGAGCAGAAGGUUCUGGCCUCGGUCCUGGUCCAGAGUGUGGACCUGAUCCUGUCCCAGAUCUGCCCUCAGGACUCGCAGUUCCCCUCCUCAGCACCGGGGGGCAGACGACCCCCACAGAAGAAGACACAGCAGACGCAGGAGGACGCCAGCGCCGCCGCUCAGAGCUGACACACACUGACCUCUGACCUCUGAGCCAACAGCAGGGCUUCCACCUCCUGUUUGACUUUUAUUAUCAAUAAAGGUUUGGUUUUAGCCACA